CACCAUGUCGGAGGCUCUAACGGUGCCUCUUUCCAUCGAUGAUGAGAAGGCUCGAAAAUCGUCCCUGGAGGAUUCGCAGAACGAUUCACUGGAGUCGAUAGAGAGGAUAAGAGAGAUCGAUCCUGAUAUAGAAAGGAGAGUCAUACGCAAGUGUGACUGGUGGGUUGUACCUGCUCCAACGGUCAUGUUCAUGCUCUCCUUCAUCGAUCGAAUCGAAGGCAUGCUGACGGAUCUCCAUAUGGUCAAACACGACUACAACAUUGCCCUCUUCAUUGUCUUCGUUCCGUUUAUCCUCUGUGAGACUCCAAGCAACAUGAUCCUGAAGCGCAUCACUCCACGCGUCUGGUUGAGCUUCUUGCUAUUCGGUUGCGGGCUCAUGGCUAUCUGCCAAGGCGUGACAAAGUCCUUUGGUGGCCUGGUGGCCUGCCGUUUUAUCCUUGGUAUCUUCGAAGCCGGUAUAUCACCUGGAAGUAUUCUCCUCAUCACGAUGUACUACCGUCGCGAAGAGCUACCUCGAAGGAUCUGCUGGUGGUAUAUGUCUGGCACCAUAGCAGGCGCUUUCGGCGGUCUGCUUGCGUAUGCUCUGGCCAACAUGAGCGGAGUCAGAGGAUACGGCGGAUGGAGAUGCAUUCUCAUGUAUUGGUGGCUUGCAGAUUGGCCAGCAGACUGUCGCUUUCUUACUCCUGAUGAGCGCAAGGUACUGAUGUGGCGCCUGAUGGAUGAUGGUGAGGGCGACGCCAAGAUGGAUCGAGUCAGUUGGUCCAGAUGUGCAAGAGACUGGAAAGUCUGGGUCGCAACGGCGAUGUAUUUCGGUAUUGUAGCUCUCAACUACUCGACUAACAAUUUCAAUCCGACUCUUCUCAAGGAGCUUGGCUACACAUCCGCAGCAGCUCAGAUUCACUCGAUUCCUCUUUACAUCGUCGCAAGUGUCUUCUGUCUCGGGACUUGCUAUCUUUCGUCAUACAUCAAUAAUCGAUUUUGGCCUUUGCAGUUUGGAGUGCUCCUAGGCAGCGUUGGUUUUGUCAUCCUCCUGGUCCAAAGAUCACCUGCGGUUGGACCCAAUGUCGCAUACAUGGCGCUCUUUNUCAUCACCAGUUCCGGGUACAUCGUACAGCCGAUGGUCGUGUCGUGGAUCAUGAACAAUGCAUCUGGGCAUUAUAAGAGAGCGUUCACCUCCGGCACUAUGAUCGGCUUGGGCAAUGCUGGCGGACUUGUAUCAAGCAACGUCUUUNUCCAGGAGGAGGCGCCAUAUUAUCCUACCGGAUACGGGACAUCAUUGGCAUUGUUGAUCCUGACGGAUAUCGCGGCCGUGGUGUUUUAUGUUGGGCUCAAGAGAGAGAAUGCUAGAAGAGAUGCGGGCAAGCGUGACGACCGGCUUCAGCUGUCGGAUGCUGACAAUCUUGGAGAUGACCAUCCCUCCUUCCGCUUCAGCUUU